UGAGGCGGGACGAACCAACUGCCCGACACGGGGAGGGGAGCGCAACCUCGGAAAAAACGACCUUAUUACGCUUCGCCUCUGUUACAACACGUUAACUCGCCGAUUAUUAGACACGAGGCGCGCCGGUAUACACCCGGGGUGCUGUUGCGUGUGGCGCAAAGCGGAGUUGUGAACGCGUUGCACUUGUAGCGACAUGCGGCUUCACCCCUCCCGAGCGUGCAGAGUGCCGGGGUCCCUGCCAAGGCGGUUUGAAAAGAGCAGACAAAGGCUUGGAGUGCAGGACGCCCCUCGCCUCCUUCGCACUCAAUCGGCCUCCGGAGUCUAUUUUUUUUUUUUUUUCUUUUAAUGGUGCUGCUGCUCCGCCUCGCCAUGGAACAAGUCCCGGGAGUCGCUCGCGUCGCUCUGACUUCUACUUUCCGCCUCUGAAAUGCGCGAGCGUCUGGAUCCGCGCUCGGCCCACGGUGGACGCCUUUUUGCGGGCAGAAGACAAGAAGGAAGCGUGGUGUGAGUGAGGGAGGGAGGGAGGGAGACAGAAAGAGAGCGAAAGAGAGGUUUGACGCCGUUUCCUCUUCUCCUCCGCUUCCUCCUCCUUCUUCUUCCUUUCGCCCCCUCUCCUCUUUUUUUUUUUGGCGGAGGCAGGCAGGAAUAAACGCUUUUUGGGCUCUUUUUUUUUUGCCUCGCUUCUUUUUCAAUGUGACUGCGCCAGCCAGCCUGCCAGCCAGCUCACCGGCUCACGUUGUGCUCGAGAGUUGGAUCGAAGGAAAGAAGAAGAAGAGCAGAAAAGAAAACGUGGGGGGGUGUGGAGUAUUAAUUCUUAUAUGCCUGGGCUUUGAAAAACAAUGGAGACGCACAUUUCGUGCCUCUUCCCGGAAAUUUUGGCCAUGAUUUUCAGCUAUCUGGACGUGAGGGACAAAGGCAGGGUGGCCCAAGUGUGCCUGGCUUGGAGGGACGCAUCCUACCACAAGUCGGUGUGGAGGGGGGUGGAGGCAAAGCUGCACCUCCGGCGGGCCAAUCCCUCGCUCUUCCCCAGCCUCCAGGCCAGGGGCAUCCGGAGGGUCCAGAUCCUGUCCCUGCGCCGCAGCCUGAGCUACGUGAUCCAGGGAAUGCCCAACAUCGAGUCCCUCAACCUGUCGGGCUGCUACAACCUCACGGACAACGGGCUGGGCCACGCGCAGGAGAUCCCCUCCUUGAGGGUGCUGAACCUGAGCCUGUGCAAGCAGAUCACCGACUCCAGCUUGGGCCGGAUCGCCCAGUACCUGAAGAACCUGGAGGUUCUGGAGCUGGGCGGCUGCAGCAACAUCACCAACACGGGACUGCUGCUGAUCGCGUGGGGCCUCCACCGCCUCAAGAGCCUCAACCUGAGGUCCUGCCGCCACGUCUCGGACGUGGGCAUCGGGCACCUGGCCGGCAUGACCCGCAGCGCCGCCGAGGGCUGCCUGAGCCUCGAGUACCUGACCCUGCAGGACUGCCAGAAACUGACGGACCUGUCCCUCAAGCACAUCUCCAAGGGGCUGGCCAAGCUGCGGGUGCUCAACCUGAGCUUCUGCGGCGGCAUCUCGGACGCCGGCAUGAUCCACCUCUCGCACAUGACCUCGCUGUGGAGCCUCAACCUGCGCUCCUGCGACAACAUCAGCGACACGGGCGCCAUGCACUUGGCCAUGGGCACGCUGCGCCUGACCGGCCUGGACGUGUCCUUCUGCGACAAGAUCGGCGACCAGACGCUGGCGUACAUCGCCCAGGGGCUGUACCAGCUCAAGUCGCUGUCGCUUUGCUCGUGCCACAUCUCCGACGACGGCAUCAACCGCAUGGUGCGGCAGAUGCACGAGCUGCGGACGCUCAACAUCGGCCAGUGCGUGCGCAUCACCGACAAGGGGCUGGAGCUCAUCGCCGACCACCUGACCCAGCUGGCGGGCAUCGACCUGUAUGGAUGUACCAAGAUCACCAAGAGGGGGCUGGAGAGGAUCACGCAGCUGCCCUGCCUUAAAGUUCUCAACCUGGGACUCUGGCAGAUGACGGAGAGUGAGAAAGUCAGGUGAUUGGAGUCGGAGGACACGCUGGUCCUUUUGAGAGAGUGUGUGUGUGUGUGUGUGUGCGGAAAGUGGGGGGGCUUCACCUGCGACCCCCCCCACCCCUCCCCACACACGCCUACUGUCAGCAAAAGUUCACAAAUCUCAUAUUGAGCCCCCCCCCCUUUUUUUUUUUUUCGGAGAUGCAAUUUGAUACAUUCGCCCCAAAACUGCGCCACAAAGUCAAACCGGCCCACCCAACCG